AUGUCACCGCCACCUAUUCCACCUCUUUCAGCGAUGCGAGUGGCUGCGCAAGAGGUGCGAGGCUCAACGUCGGUGCAAGUGCUCGGUAUGGAUGUUGCCCAAUCACAACCUCUUGUUCGUAAUCCUUCCGGUGCCAGUGACUCGUCCCUUGCAUCGGGCGCAACGACACCUCAUCAACUUGGAGACUAUGCCGCAACACGCACCUACAUUCCAUCGCACCGCUACACCUCCUCGCGUCUGCAGAAUCAAUCUUCUUUUAGCACAGCAACCUCACAGAGUCCUGUCAGUAGCGAGGCCCACGAGGAGCUGGCUUCCAUUCCCUCUCGCUCUGCCAACCAAUACGAGUCAUCCACGCUGCGACUUGCGAAUGCCCCCGAGUCUUCAUCGCGCCGAUCUCAAUUCAAUCAUGGUAACUGUAUCUUGAGUCACAAGGACUCUUUUGGCGGCUCGUAUGCAAUCAACGCAGGCAUUGACUUGGGCUCAGAAUCCGCUGAUGAGGCUCCUAGCUUCUCUCGCACAACUCCUUGGCAGAGACCAUCUGAUGCUCAAGUUGGCGACAGAUCCUACGACAGCCAUCAUCGCAACAUCUCACUCUCUCGGCCAGCCCAUCAUGCUCACAACCGUCUUGCUCUCUCGACACAUCGGCGGCGGGCAGACACAAGUGGAGCACAAGGCAGCGAGGCGUCUGACCUGACAGAGCCAGUCGAAGUUCUAGGACGUCCUUCCGCCUGCACAGACCUGCCACAUUCGGAGAGACAGCAGGCCCGAUCUCCAAGUCAUGGCAACUUGCACGCUCUCUCGGCUCUUUCUGCUGCUGCGAAAGCUGCGUCAAAUCAUGGCGGUCAAGACCCAGCACAAGACCCUGCACAAGACCCUGCGGAUACAACUUUUGCAACAAGUUUCGAUAGAGCGCUGGCGCACAAUCUUACCGAGCAGGACCCUAGCAUGACAGCACGCUCACCUUCUGCACAACAAGGACAAGUGCUAAAAGCUUACACCGAUCCUUCCAGCAGCGACAGGGACUCGCUCGAUUUGCCUGAGUACAACACCAUCAAACGCUCACCUGCUUCCUCCUCCACCCCACUCGCCUCGAAAGCCAGCGCUCAUGAUGCCGAUGAUUCAAUCACUCCCUCGGCGAGCAUUAGAGACGUGCGCCAGCCGGCGCCGUCAUCGAGCGCAGUGGGUCCGGAAGCUUCAAGCAGAGACAAGGACCUACGCGAGAAGAGUGACCAGGACAAGGCCUCCGCUUCCACCAGCCGGAAGCCCACUUCCAGGAGCUCUCGCGAGCCUGCGACGGUUUCCAGCUCGGCUCGUGCCGAUCCCAGCAGUAGCGCACCUCGCCCUCUCAAGACGUCUCAUCGCACUCUGCCGCAGCUGCCUUCAGCAUUCAGCGUUAAACCUGCGCCUCCUCCGGCCAUGUACUGGUCCAAAGCACCUGUUCACGGCAGCGUGCCUCGUCGCAGCUUCCGUGCACACACCGCCAACCUGUGCGACGAAGUUCUGUGGCUUUUCGGAGGAUGCGACAAUCGUGGAUGCUUCCGAGACCUUUGGUGCUUUGACACCGAGACCAUGUGUUGGUCCAAGCCCAAGGUGACGGGAGACAUGCCGCCUGCUCGCCGAGCGCACUCAGCGACCAUGGUCAACAAGCGUCUCUUCGUGUUCGCUGGCGGUGAUGGACCCCACUACUUCAAUGAUCUGUAUGUCUUCGAUACAGUCUCGCUCAGAUGGUCUAAGCCUGAGGUAGGGGGCACUGCACCAAGCCCGAGACGAGCUCACACUUGCAAUUAUUACGAAGGUCAGCUCAUCGUCUUUGGUGGAGGCAAUGGCGUGGGUGCGCUCAAUGACGUCCACACACUCGAUGUCAGUGACCUGUCAAGAUUGGAGUGGCGCAAGAUGGAUUGUGGCGGAAAAGUGCCCAUCGGUCGUGGCUACCACACUUCAAAUCUUGUUGACGGUAAGCUCAUUGUGAUUGGCGGCAGCGACGGCCACAUGUCAUUCAAUGACAUUCACAUCCUCAGGCUGGACACGCAGACUUGGUAUCAGGUCAAGACGGAUGAGAUUCACAACCGUCUCGGACACACUGCGACACAGGUCGGCUCGUAUCUCUUCAUCUUUGGUGGUCAUGAUAGCAAGACCUACACGUCCGAGCUGCUUACUCUCAACCUUGUCAAUUUGCAGUGGGAGCCACGUAAGGUGUGUGGCAAGAAGCCGCAAGGAAGAGGUUAUCACCAGGCUUGGCUGCGAGAUUCUAGGCUCUUUGUCCACGGAGGCUUCGACGGUAAGGACAUCUUUGAUGACUUGCACUUUCUUGACCUUGCCGCAUGUGCUUACUUGCCGCAGAUCACAAGCUUCAGCGUCGAGCUCGAUGACGAAGAGUAA